AUGCCAGUAGUUUUGGUUCACUCUAUCUUUUUUAAAAAUAUUAGAGGGUAUCACUUAGCAUUUAUUAUAGGGUACAAUCCUUAGAUUAGUGGUUAAGGUCUCAUUAUUUUAUCAAUUUUAAUUUCAAAGUAAAUGUAGAGUAAAUGUUCACUUUUUCCCUAAUUUUUUUUUAACACUUUUUUGAAAUAAUUUAAUGGAAAUUUUUUUUUUUCUAAAGAUAACACCAUAACACAAAAAAACCACCAUCAUCGUGUUUUAUAAGAUAUUGAGUAAAACACACACAUAAUAUUUAUCUAUUAAGGCCAGUACAAUCCUAAACAGAGCCAGCAACACUUUAGGUUUGCAUAUCUUCUUUUAUCACAUAAGUGUGGAGACAAAAGUCAUGUCUCCAAAAAGAAUAACUUUCAUCAGGGGUGAUGAAUGGUUAUAUUUAUAUGGAUUAAUUUAUUUUUAAAAACCCAGAAUUCAUUGAAAGAGAAGUGAGAUGGAAAGAACAAAUUGAAGAGUUGGAAGCUAAAAAAAUUGACCUUAAUAAGGAAGAAAUGAAUCCCCUAAAAGUGUUAAAAAGGUCUAACUUCCUUCAGAUUCGACGAAUCCCAUGGUAAUUUGAACUAUGGCCAGUGGAGAAAAUUUAUAGAAUACAACCUUUAUGUAACUCUCGAUCAUUUAAAAGAUCACCUUUCCUCACACAGAGGUAAUUGGGUCGGAAAGAUUGAGAAAAUUUGGAUUAUACUCAAUAUACCACCUUGAAACUCUAAAGAAAGUGCAGAAAAGAAUGACUCUUCAAAUGAGUGACGUAGCAAAAUUCAUCAAAAAGAUGAUAAACAAUGAUUGUGAGGCCUAUCAACCUAAAGCCUUUCAAAUUCCAGUUUGA